CUCACACACACACACUCACAUCCUCACCCUCCUCCAGCCCCACCGCCUCCACCAUGGCUUCCUCUGCCUUGUCUGUCUGCUCCAGUGACCUGAGCUACGGCAGCCGGGUCUGCCUGCCCGGGUCCUGUGACUCCCGCACCGGCUCCUCCUGGCAGGUGGACGACUGUCCAGAGAGCUGCUGCGAGCCCCCCUGCUGUGCCCCCAGCUGCUGCGCCCCGGCCCCCCGCCUGACCCUCCUCUGCGCCCCAGUGAGCUGCGAGUCCAGCCCCUGCUGCCAGCCAGGCUGCAGCAGCUCCUGCCUGGCCUCGUCCUGCCAGCAGUCUAGCUGCCAGCCCUCCUGCUGCACCUCCUCCCCCUGCCAGCAGGCCUGCUGUGAGCCCGUCUGCUGCACACCUCUCUCCUGCAGGCCCGUCUGCUGCACCCCUGUCUGCUGCAGGCCUGUGUGCUGUGAGUCCUCCCCUUGCUCAUCCUCCUUGUGCUGCCAGCCGAACCCCUGCUCCUCGGUCAGUUGCAGACCCUCUUCCUCCGUGUCCCUCUUCUGCCGUCCUGUGUGCCGCCCCGCCUGCUGUGUGCCCACCUCCUCCUGCCAGUCUAGCUGCUGUCGCCCAGCCUCCAGCGUGUCCCUGCUCUGCCUGCCCACGUGCUCCCGCCCUGCUUGCUGCGUCCCAACCUCAGCCCCAGAGCCCUGUUGCUGA